AUGAGAGCUCUAUUGUUUUCAGUUGAGGUUGCACUUGAGUUUCAGCUAAAGCCGCCACCAGUUCGGUUCAAGCGAGAGUCUCGAAGGAACACAGUCCUUCAGGAAAAGAAUCACGCGAGAAAGCCUGCAAAUGGGUAUUUCUUUCUCUUUUUUUCUUUCUUUCAUUUUUUCUUUCUUUCUUUAUUCUUUCUUUCUUUUAGUUCAUUUUCUCUUUUUUCUCUCUUUCAUUUUUUCUUUCUUUCUUUUUUCUUUCUUUCUUUUAGUUCUUUCUCUCUUUUUUCUUUCUCUCUUUUUUCUUUCUCUCUUUUUUCUUUCUCUCUUUUUUCUUUCUUUCUUUUUUCUUUCUUUCUUUUAGUUCUUUCUCUCUUUUUUCUUUCUUUCAUUUUUUCUUUCUUUCUUUUAGUUCUUUUUCUCUUUUUCUUUCUUUCUUUUUUCUUUCUUUCUUUUAGUUAUUUCUCUUUUUUCUUUCUUUCAUUUUUUCUUUCUUUCUUUUUUCUUUCUUUUAGUUCAUUUUCUCUUUUUUCUUUCUUUCAUUUUUCUUUCUUUCUUUUUUUCUUUCUUUCUUUUAGUUCUUUCUCUCUUUUUUCUUUCUUUCAUUUUUCUUUCUUUCUUUUACUUCUUGCUUUCUUUUUUCUUUCUUUUAUUUUUUCUUCUUUUACUUCUUUCUUACUUUCUUACUUUUUUCUUUCUUUCUUUAUUGCUUUCUUUUAG